AUGUGCCUAGGCGGUUACCUGGCGUCGAUUUCGAACGUUUUCGAUAACGCCAAAGUUUUGCAACUCGCCAGGACGCAAUUCCAGACGCUCGGCGUCGAUGGAUUCUGGCUGGGCGGCUCUUACGAUGGAAAGGUUAUUACGUGGGACGAUGGGACCAACGCCACUUAUGCUAAUCUUGCCUCAGCGGGUACUUCCGGAAACCUGGUGAUGAGCCUGUCGACGGGAAAGUGGAGCACCGCCGCCUGGAAUGACAGGUACCCGAUUAUGUGCAUCGGGAAGAAAUCGAAUGGCCCGCAACUCCCGCCGUGCGAGACCGAGUGGAUGUACGCGACAGUGACGAAGAGCUGCUACAAGCUCGUUUAUAAUGUUGACUUCGCGAACGCCGAGGAGCAAUGUCGAGCCCUGGGCGCUACCAUCUCGUCUGUGACUUCUAAUGAGGAAAAUAAUUUGAUUGUUGAUUUCGCGAAAACCGGCUACUCUGGCGACCUGAUGUUUACCGCUUUGGUCGGAGCUAAGCGAACCGGUGCCAACGUCAACGACUUUGCGUGGCUAGACGGAAGCCCUUUCACCUUUUACCCGUGGGCCAACGGUGAGCCAAAUAAUGCUGGAGGUCGCGAAAGCUGUAUCGAGAUUUACACCGACGAGCUCUCCGAGACGCCUGCCGAGAAACCAGCUGGAAAACCUGCGCAGCCUGGAAGACCCGCAGGAAAACCGACAGAUACCGCUGGAAAUGGUCAGGGAUCAACUGGAGUGCAAGGCACAUCGAACAACGGGCAAACGGGGCAGGUCCCUGCAACUAGCGGCCAAGAUGGAAACUCACCAGUGAUGCCGAACGUGCAGGUGCCCGGUCAGCCUGGCCAGAAUGUCCCAGCCACGAAUCCGAACACAAAUUCGGGUGGUGAUGGGAGUCAAGGCCAGGGUAGCGACAACACGCAGACGGAACCGGAAGAUCAAGGUGACCCUGGAAUCCCAGGCAAGGUUAAUCCAUGCGGUAGCGGCUGGAUGGCGUCUGAUGAUCAGCAGAAAUGUUUUAAGAUCAUCACCCCGCUGCCAUUCUGGGAUGCUGAGAAAAAGUGCCAAAGCCUCGGCGGUCACCUGGCCACGGCCGCCACGGACAAUGAAAAUGAGUUCUUAAAAGAACUCCUCCAGGAGCGAAAGGCCACCCGGAAUCGCGACGUCUGGAUUGGGGGCAUGGAGGAAACCAACGAGAACCAGGAGCGCAUCUACCGGUGGCGCGACGGCACGGGGGUCAAGUAUGCAAAUUGGAAAAAAGGGCAGCCGUCCGGCACCGAUCGUUAUUGCAUGGUUAUUAGCCGCAACGGCGAAUGGAUCAACCGCAGAUGCUCUCAAAAUUAUCAAGGGGUUUGCCAACGGGCCGUUGGUGCUCAGGAAGUUAUGCUAAAGCCAACAUCAUGUGAUCGAGGCUGGAAAGGAUGUGCAACUACCGAAUUCUGCUACAAGGUGCCAGCUUACCUUUAUACUUUUCAU